CUUUUCGCUUUUCAGGGGCGAUGAUCCAUCGCAGAGCCGGAAAUGGAGCCUCGGAUCGAAACACUCGUCUGCUUCGUCCUGUUCCUGAUCCCGAACACGGAGCCGAGGGCGACGCCAUCGGCUGAGGAAUUUUGCGAGCAUUUCUACCACCGACAGCCGGGAACGAGCAAACACCCGCAGUCCCACCAGGACUGCGGGCCGUGCCAGACAGGGUAUUUUGCGGAAGCAUGGACCGUGAACCGAGAGGAUGAAGUAUGCUUAAAACGUUCGGAUGAAAACGGAGAGAAAAGAGGAUCACCAUGGACUGUCAUCGGCCCCGUCUUUGCCGUUCUCCUCGUCCUCGCUCUGGCGAUUGGCUUUUGGGAAAGGGAAGUGGGGAUCGCUGGCUCGCGUCUCUGGAGAGAAGUUCUCCCGAAAGUCCGCUCAGCUCACCCACCUCCAGCCUACAAGGCAAGUCAGAUUUCCAGGUUAAACUUCAGCGUCCAAGGAUAUCCGCUGACUCUCCUGAACAGUGUUGUAGCUACAGUAGAUCUCCUUGGAAGGGGCAGAGACAACAUGGAGGGGCAACAUGAUGGGGUUGAUGGAGAAUUUUCUUCUCACACUUCCACCUCAGAAUUGGUAGAGGACACAUCUCCGAAAAUGUCAGACAAAUGGAAGGUGAGCAUUAAAAACAGCCUGGUACGAAAAGAGACUGUGAUCUAUCGUUCGCAUCAAGAAGUCAUUAAGAAGAAUUGGAAGGAUCUCAUCGAAUACAUGGACGUGAAGCAAGUAGAGAAUCACAUGAUAUCAGAAGACAAGUUACCUUUGAGCAAACGGCAGGAAUUCAACGCGACAAAAGAGGCGAAUAAGAGACGAAGCCUUCUACUCCAUUACGUGUGCGCCAUGGGUGAUGAUGUCUUCAAGGUUUUCAUGGAUGGUCUCACGCUGGCAAAGCAGCCACAUCUAAUCCAAAAGUUCUAA